AUGCUACACGAUUCGAACCCAAACCUACUGCCUAUCCAAAAACAGGUGCUGAAGGAAAGCGUAGAAGCAGAGGUAGUGAAACAAUUUACUUAUGGUCUACACCCAACAUUUAGGUGUAAAAUCACUAGUCUUAACCCGAGGACCCUCUGUGAAGCAAUCAUAGAGGCACUAAAAAUAGAGAGCGACCUCAGUUUGUGGCAUGCGAUACCGGUGAGUGCACUGCCUACAUAUAAUAUGACGACCGAGAUGGGACCACGAGUAAAUCUAGCAAGCAAGGAAGAAGAAAGAACGGAGAUCACUAAUGGGGCACAAGGGGCAGCAGCGAAUGAAAAACGCUGUUUAUACUGUGACGGCCGAACCGGACUCUCAGUCGAGGAAUGCCGAAGAUUGAUGGCUUUGAUAAAUGACAGGAAAACGGACUAUAACAAUGGCCCAUCGGAACUGUACAACAGAAAUGAUAACUACUACAACAGGAACAACAACUACAAUAACAGAAACAUCAAUUAUAAUACUGCAAAUGACGAAAACAGCAAUUACAACAAUAGAAAUACCAAUUAUAAUGAUAGGAAUGAUUACAAUAACAGGUACAAUAACUACAAUCACACGGGCAGUAAUUAUUACUUUAACCACAGCUACGGUAACCCUCAUAAUUACAACAACGGGAAAACAUUUAACCUUUAUAAAAACAACAACAAAAAUCAGGACAGUAGGGAUGGCUAUAAUAGAAACUUUAUAAGACCUGAACCACCAUAA